GUAAUGUCGAGUUACUGUAGUAGGGGUGAAGGCAACCAUAAUCCCACUACUAUUACUGCACGAAAGGUAGUAGCAAGGUAUACAUACUAUCAUUACAAUGACGAUACAACGGCGAGGAAAUCCGAAAGUCCCGGACGCAAACGGGAUUGAGAAAAAAAUUAAAAGGGGUAAUGCCUUGAGACAGGCAUCAGCAUGGCGUGGGUCCCAUGGCUCUCUCCUGGGGGUGUUGGCCCUGGCUGUGAUGUUGGGGACCGUCACCUGGCUAUUCCUGGCCUCCAGGGACCCUUACAUCACGGAGACCCUGGUCAGACAGUCUGAGGUGGUGCUACAGCCCAGGGUAUACACUGUGGAGUGUUCUGAGGACUACGACAACUACAAACGCUACCCAGGAUGCACUCCUCAGACGUGUGGAAGAGCCAUCAUAGACAACUCAGUGACCAGGGAGGAGGCCAAAUCCCUCAGGAAGUUGGCAGAGAGGGGACUGGCUCUAGCAGGUUCCGAUGGGGGAGCCUCUAUCCUGGACCUGCACUCUGGUGCUCUGUCUAUGGGGAAGCAGUUUGUCAACAUUUACAGGUACUUUGGGGAGCAGUUAUCAGAUGUAUUUUCUGAGAAGGACUUCAGCCUCUACAGGGAGGUGCGUGCUCGUAUCCAGGCAGUGAUAGCAAAAACAUAUGACCUGGACCCAUCUCUUCUGUACCUCACCAAGCCCACAUUCUUCUCACGUAUCAACAGCACACAGGCAAAGACCCAGCACGAUGAGUACUGGCACCCUCACAUUGACAAGGUUACUUACGGGUCCUUUGACUACACCUCUCUCCUGUACUUGUCUGAUUAUGGGGCUGACUUCACUGGAGGGAGAUUCAUCUUCAUGGACUCCAAUGGCAACCGCACUGUGGAACCGCGUGCAGGGCGCAUAUCCUUCUUUUCCUCUGGGUCUGAGAACCUUCACCGCGUUGAGGAGGUCUCGUGGGGAACACGCUACGCCAUGACUGUUUCCUUCACCUGUGACCCCGCCCAUGCCAUUGCAGAUCCCGUCAUGCCCAUAACCCCUGUGUGACAGUGUGACCUGUAUUCCUCGAGGAAUCCUGAAACACAAGGGAGAGGAGGGGCCCAUAUAAGAGGAACACCUGUUCUCGUCACAUCAGAAAAUCUGAAAUGCUAUUUUCUCAGAAACGUAUUAAAAUGAAGAAGUGAGUGCAUUUUACGUGUCCGUUUGGUACCGUCCGUCAAUGACUGCAGAGGCCAAGAGAAGGACCCUGAUAUUGUAUCAUUUAGAUGAUUUGAUAAACACUGGUCUAAUAUUAUAAUAUUGAAUAUUCCAGUUCCAGCGGCUUUCAUCAGGGGCCACAAAACCAAAACUCUCGAUCCACCUUUGUGCCAUUUACCAAUACCAAAGGAACUGGGUUUUACUGCUUUCUUUACUUAGAUCCCAUUACAUUAACUUACUAUGAACCUAUGUUCUUCAGUCUAAAUGAAGUAACUUAAAAGUAAACUGUUUUUGUACUAUGUUUUCUUUUCCGGUAUGUUGUGAUAUCUCCAUGGGUCUGUUUUGAUUAUGUGGCUCAACUGCCUGGUCCCCUUAUUAUUGUUCCUGUUGUCUUUAAAUUUGUGAAGUAGUGGUUUUCUAUAAUUGUGGUCUUUUUGGGUUAUACUUUUCUUUUUUAUCUGGUCCUAUGAUCUGUUGCUCCAGGAGAAACAGAAUGGCUCAAAGCACAAAGACGACUCCAUUUUUUUAUAUUUUAGAGUGGGGCUAUUUUUACCCCUCCUGCCACCAUUCCCAAUCCUUCAUGUUAACAUACCCAUUCGUUGAAACACCGAAGUGCUCUUCCAUGGCAUUCACACUCACUAACACAAAAGAUUGGACCAGUGGCAAUGUUUUUUCUUCUGAGAAGAAUCCCUACAGUUGAAAAGCAAUUUGUCUGUUGUAUCUGUGAAGCUUAGCAUGUGAUCAAAUGGGAUAUUGUUUCUAGAUUGUUGGUGGGAUUUGAGAGAAAUAAAAUCAGCUGAAGUAA